AUUUGCUUGAUAGUUGUCACCGAGCUAGGAACAGUGUUUGAACUAGGCACUUGGACUCGAAUAGUUUUUUCGUCAUAAAAACUUCCCCUUCGUUUUCGUUCAUUUUGCAAAAGAAAUUUUUUACGCAAUAUUCCAAUGCUCGAGACGCCAUGGAAAAUCGUUCUUCUCUUCGGCCUGACUUUGGGCCUGGCUACCGGAAAACCAACCGACUCUUUUUACCGGAGGAAAAAUGUCGAGAGUGCGUUAAUCAGCAACGAACUUGAUGAUCGAACGAGCAAUUCAUCACGAAAUUUACGAUUCGGUGAUCAGGAGCGGUACAGAGAAGGUCGACUCUCCGAGGCAGAGUUUUCAUCCUACAACAUUAAAGAUCCCAACGGACCUGGAACCUACGCCUUUGGCUACGACAACGUCGUCGAUGCAGAAGGUAACGAACAAUUUCGCAACGAAGAAAAGCUCCGGAAUGGAACGGUGCUCGGGGAAUACGGCUACACCGAUUACAAGAGCAAAAGAAUCGUCCGUGUCACUUAUUCGUCGGAUAUAAGAGGCUACAGAGCGAAGACGGAAGUGCUACCUCUGGACGACAUUUAUUAAUUAUUAUCCGCGUUCAUGACGCGCUGUAAUGAGAAGAAUACUGCUCGAAGAUACAGCGUAGAGGUGAUUUUAGUCCGUUACGAUAUGUAUAAAAAAUUAACGAUUUCGUAUGCCAUUACUCAGCUGUCAUAUAAUCGAAAAUCUUUACGUGACUCCAAUAUGGUAUAAUAGAUACUGUCUUUGCGUAUAAUGGGUUUUGAAUCAUCGGAGUUCUCGGUUCGACCCGCAACCCACGUAAAAAUAAGAAUCGAACGUGUUUUAUGACUUCGUUAGCAUAACGAUACAGAGUAUGAAAUUAUCCUAACUAUAUCAUGCAACGUUUGUUGCUUCGCGUCAAAAACCGUCUAAAUUACAGUAUCGUCGGACAACUCAAAUAUUGAUAUUAAGCAUAUAAAGGAAGGCAAACAAUGAACAAUUAUGGUGAGGCUCUUGAAAUACGCGUAUGUCACCGAGAAACUAAAUGCAAAUACAAUAUUUGUUUAUAUAAUAUUUGCUGUCACUCAUACCCACACGUAACACAAGUGUUAAAGACGUGGUGAAAAUUUUUUUGUCCUGUAAAUAUCUAUUUUUAGAUUUUUCCAGU